UCUUCCAAUCUAGAUGCUUAGCUCUAUAAAGUACAAGCAAGGAACUGAUUCUUCACACCACAAAACAAGUUCAAACAUCAAGACAGUCUCAAGAGCUACAUGAUCUCGCUUUGCUUUGAUGGCUGAUUCAACCCUCCAUUGCAUGCGCUUCACUUCUAUAGUUGCUCCCCUUCCCAUUCUUCUCUUAUUUGCAUUCAUCUUCAUAACUGCUACUUCACAGAGACAGACAAACAUAAGCCUUGGAUCUCUCACCCCUUCCUCCAACAACUCAUGGCUCUCACCUUCUGGCCUCUUCAAAUUCGGAUUCUACCGGACAGACCGUGGUUACUGGGUUGGAGUAACUCUAGGCGGAACCGUGGUUUGGACGGCCAACCGAAACAACCCUCCAGUCCCGAGCAGUUCCACCCUGCUCUUCACCAAUGACGGGAGACUCGUCCUGCAGUCCACAGGAGCGCAAGAUACGCUCGUCGCCAAUGCUAGCGAGAAGGCAGUCUUGGCUUCCUUUUCCGAUGCGGGCAAUUUCGUCUUGUAUAACUCGAGGGGGGACAAAAUAUGGCAGAGUUUCCAUUCGCCAACUGAUACCCUCUUGGCAGGGCAAAAUUUAUUACCGGACCAUCGGUUGCUUUCGAGCGUUUCAGAUAGCGACCCAUCGAUCGGUAUCUUUUGCCUUGACAUGCAAGCAACUGGGAACCUCGUGCAAUAUCCGAUAGAUAGUCCACUGAACUAUUACUGGUCGUCCGACACCUUUGGAUUUAGUGACGGUGCAACACUAAAUCUCGACAAUGAUGGCUCUCUCUACUUGUCAAACAGAACAGGUGAAAUUUUCAAGAAUAUCACCCGUAGUAGGGGACCUCCUAAGGAAGGAAUCCUCUAUCUUAUGAGACUCGAUGUAGAUGGGAUUUUGCGACUGUACUCAUACAACGGGACCAGGAAGAACUUGGCCGCGGAAUGGAGUUCUUCUAAUGACAAAUGCAGCCCUGGUGGCAUAUGCGGCUUCAACAUGUUCUGCGUGAUGGUCGAUCAGAACGCCGAGUGCGAGUGUCUCCCAGGAUUCGUGCCUGUGAACAAGGGCGACUGGAGAUCUGGCUGCAAGAGGAAGUUCACCGCCCAAACCUGCGAGGAAACAAAACCCCUCCCUGGAUACAACAUUGAAUCGGUCAAUAACACCGUGUGGGAGAACACCACCUAUGACUCACUGACGUCCUUGACCGAGAAAGAAUGUCAAGAAGCAUGUCUGCGGGAUUGCAAUUGCGAAGCUGUGAUAUACAAAGACGGAAACUGCGGAAAGCAGAGGCUCCCUCUUAAGUACGGCAGGAGAAACCUCCACGAGUUGAGCACUCUUUAUAUCAAGGUUGGUGAGACUGGAUUAAAAAGAUCUUCUGGGAGAGAGAUUCCAAUCUCGAUUGCAUCUUCUGUUGCUUUUGCAUUAGUCACACUAGCUGUGUCUGGAUUCAUUGUUUCCAAGUAUCGUGCUCGGGUCCACGUAACAUUUUCCGAGGAGGGAAAUACUAGAAUAGUAGAGAACGUUUCACCGAAAUUAUAUACUUAUGAAGAGCUGAAGAAAGUGACCAAAGAUUUUGCCGAACAGAUUGGCAAGGGAGCAUUUGGCACAGUUUAUAAAGGCACGCUGUCCAAUGGCCGCGAGGUUGUGGCUGUCAAGAAACUAGAGAAGAUCGCAUCUGAUGGGGAUAGUGAAUUCCAAACUGAGGUGAAAAUUAUUGGGAGGACGCAUCAUCGGAAUCUCGUCAAGCUGCUCGGCUAUUGUGUUGAUGGACACCACAGGCUUUUGGUGUACGAGUACAUGAGCAAUGGAUCACUCGCAGAUUUGCUUUUUGCACCAGAAAGACGACCUCGUGGGGAUGAGAAGAUGGGAAUCGCUCGGAACAUAGCUAGAGGUCUCCUCUAUCUACAUGAAGAGUGCGAAACCCAGAUCAUUCACUGCGAUAUAAAGCCCCAGAACAUACUAAUCGACGAGCAUAAGCAUGCAAAAAUAUCCGAUUUUGGGUUGUCAAAGCUGCUCAAGCCAGAUCAAACCAACACCAUGACAAGGAUCAGAGGAACGCGCGGGUACGUUGCGCCUGAGUGGCACAAGAAACUGCCAGUGACAGUGAAGGCGGAUGUUUACAGCUUUGGAAUCAUGUUGCUGGAGAUCAUCUGCUGCCGAAGGAGUGUGGAUUGGAAGCUCCCCGAUGAGGAAGCCGUUCUCGAAGAAUGGGUCCACAACUGUUUUCGAGCUGGGGAACUAGAGAAGCUUGUAGAUGAUGAAUUAAUGGACAGAAGACAGUUGGGAAGAAUGGUUAAAGUGGGUCUCUGGUGCAUCCUGGAAGAGCCAUCACUUCGUCCUUCAAUGAAGAAGGUGCUUCUGAUGCUCGAGGGCACAGUGGACAUUCCAAUACCUCCUUAUCCUUCUUCGAUAAUCAGUGCCAUCUAAACUCUCCACAGCUGCGCCCCUAGCCAUCAGGGACUGCUCUGACAUGAGAAAUAAUGUAUUAGAUUGCUAAUAACAAAGUUAUUA